AUGAGUGGUUCUACAAAGACUUCACCGGUGAAGAAAGCAGCGAAACAAGCUGGAUCGAACGAAAAGGUGGCAACUGAUAAAGGUGAUGCAGUUAGUAAUGGCAAUAGUAUAACGAAAGACCAAAAUUCGAAUGAGGCGGAAGAACCAGAUCAUUCAAUUUUGUCAGAUCCAGAAGAUUAUUUGGAAGAGGAUGAAUCAUUGGACAUGAACUUGACAAAUGGGGAACAGAAAGUUUGGUUAGUUAAGCUUCCUCGAUAUUUGGCAGAGAAGUGGUCCAAUAUAGAUGAAUUAAGCGGAGAGCAAUUGGGAAGAGUUAAAAUCAAGCAAUCUGGACGUAAUGGAAACAAUAGCGGAAAGUUACAAGUGAAAUUGGUUCUCAAUGAAUCAGCCAUGAAUGAAGAAAUACCCCAUGAAUAUGACAUAUCUAUGUUGAAUACGCAAGUGCGUAAUUCAUAUGUAUUCAGCGAAGAAAACUUGACUAAAUUUAAACAGGAGUUGACUGAAGUAGCCGAAAUGCCAGAACAACCCUCGUUGCAACCAGUUGAUAAGAAGAAGAUUCAAAAUAAGCCACAGAAAUUUUUCAGAAUUCAAAAGAAUAAGGAGGGCCAGGAUGGUAAACCAGUCAAGAAAUUUGUUCCAUACGUGAAAACAAUUCCAAAGAAAACAGCAUUAGCAGGUAAGGUAUGUCACGAUUGUCAAAUAAUUCCAUCCAAGAGUGAUACGAAGUACUCACAAGUGUCCAUGAAGAGACAAAAUAUUCAACCAACAAAGCCAAGACCCAAAGUUACAUUAUUGGAUGAGAUUCCUGGGGUUGUACAAUCCAAUGCAGGUCCAUCAAUUAAAGGUAAUAAUACUUCAGUAUUCUUGAAGUCCAAUCCUGCUAAGAGUAAGAAUGGUGAAGGAAGGGCUAUCAGAAUGCCUAAGAAGGAUUUGUUAGACUUAUUGUUCAGGUUGUUCGAGGAGUACGAAUACUGGUCCAUGAAGGGUUUGAAGGAAAGAACCAGACAGCCGGAAUCAUACUUAAAAGAAAGUUUGGACUCUAUUGCUAAUUUGAUCAAAAAAGGACCCUAUACCUCGAAAUAUAACUUAAAACCAGAAUAUAGAAGAUUACGGGAUGCCGAAAGAGCUGCCAGAUUGGGUUUGGUUAUCAAUGAAGAAAACGAAGAAAAGGAGGACGAAGAAGAAGACAUUGAAAUGGAAGAUGUUAUUUAG